AUGAGCAGCCCAAUGGGUGCUCUCAUGUUUCCAAUGAUACAGAAUUUAGAGACAACAUUAAAGGCAGGUGGAGUUCCACAAAUGCCACAGUUUAGGCCUUCAACAGUGACUUCUGCAUCAAAUUUUGCCUCAGUCAACACCCAAAAAAGUUCAACUGGACUUAACUCAUCCACAGAGAAUAAGGUCAUCAAUAAGGAAGUAAAAGGCAAAGAAGAAGUUAAGAAGACCGAAAAUGCAGUACAACUUGAGUCAAUAUUAUCAAUUCACAAAUUGUCAAGACUUGGGAAUCACAUUGAUGCUUUAAGAGAGGUUACUAAACUUCCAUUUUCGCCUCUAGAUCCUCGAGAACCUGAUACUUCUGUUGAGGUGUUUGAAAAUUUAUCUCCUCAUGUCCAAGCUUGUAUACCAGACCUCUUGAAGGUUGCUCUGACUUGUCUGGACAAUGUGGCAGACUCUGAUGGAUCUCUUCGCUUGGCAGCAGAUCAAAUAUAUGCAGUAGAGUUAAUUGGAGGUGCUACCAGAGUGCCAAAGUUACAGGCUAAGCUUCAAGAGUUCCUUGGUAGAAAAGAACUUGAUAGGCAUCUUGAUACUGAUGAAGCAAUAGUUAUUGCUGCUGCUACGGUGGAUGCUGCAAUUGCACGGUGGACAGCUCAUGGACUGCAUCCGUUGUGCACUCUACUCCCUACAAUUUACUUUUACCCAUCCACCUGUUAG